AAAAGUUGUCAGCUAUAGGCACUGCCGCACACAUGUCUAUAUCCUGGCAACAGAAAAACACUGCAGGUCUGGCUGCCCCAAGGCUUAGAAAUGGUGACCGUUCAGGGUUUGAAAAGAGAGAGAAGAGAAGAAAUAUCCGACAACUUCAGGCUGCUAUAUCCCAGGGGGAUCUAGAGCUAGUGAAAAGCAUCCUAAGCUCAGACUUUGAUGUUGACUUCCAAUACAAUGGACAGACAUCACUACAACUGGCUGUGUGUCAAGGGUUGCCAGAUAUCUGCUCACUGCUUAUUGCAAAGGGAGCAAAUGUGAACCAGACAAAUGCAGACGGGAACUCAUUGCUCAAUAUGGCUUGCUGGAGAGGUUUCACAGAAGUGGUUGACCUACUGGUUAACAAUGGUGCUGAUGUCAAUUCUUGGAAUGAGUCGGGAAACACCCCUCUGAACGCAUGUGCCUUUAAAGGAUUUGCAAAUAUUGCUGAGGUCCUUCUAUCAGCAAAGUGUGACAUCAACCUUCACAAUGAGAAAGGCCACACACCCCUGUUCUGUGUCUCAAGGGCAGGUAACACAGCCAUGGUGCAGCAGCUGAUCAAAGCGGGAGCUGACCUUGACUGGGGGGACCUCACCCAAAAGACACCACUGAUGGUAGCUGCGGAAGAAGGUCAUCUUCAAGUAGUGAAAGCCCUCUUAGCAGGAGGUGCUUGUGUGAACAGACAGAGCCAGCAAGGAAGAACUGCUGCAUAUGAAGCUGCUAGUUGUGGACAUGAGGACGUUCUUCGGGAACUUAUCAGUUACAAAGCAGAUGCAAUAUCUCAGAACCACACUGGUGCAGCACAGAUUCUCAUACAGUCAGCUGGCUGUAAUGUCAACCUGGCAGACAGAACACACAGAGCUCCCAUACAUGCUGCCAUUAGACAAG